UAGUAAGUCACCGCCCCCAUGUCCUCUUGUGAUUGGUCGACGUAUCUGGGCUGAUGUGAGCAAAAGUGGCCGUGCGUAAAAGUGCUACAUUGAAAGACGCUACGGUGCUCUUGAGCAGCUGCAAAGAGGAUCAGGCGCCGCUUUAAUCAUGACCCAGGCAGAAUUCGAUAAAGCGGCUGAAGAGGUAAAAAACCUGAAGUCUCGACCAACCGAUCAAGAAAUGCUGGAUAUCUAUAGCUACUUCAAACAGGCUACUGUUGGAGAUGUAAAUACAGAGCGUCCUGGGAUGCUUGACUUCAAAGGCAAAGCCAAGUGGGAUGCCUGGAAUGCUUUGAAAGGAAUGUCCCAAGAAGAUGCAAAGAAAGCUUAUAUAGCAAAAGUUGAAGAACUGAAAGGCAAAUAUGGAAUGCAAUGAACUCAUAUAUCCUGCCUUAAAUGAAAACUUGCCUUGCUAAUACUGUGGAUAACUAAAUGUUGUACUACCCACUACUGCAGUGCCAAGCAGUGAUGCCACAUCAGAGUUAAUAGUUGUGUAAAUGGUUUUCUCUGAACUUCUAAUGGUUUAUAGAAUAAACUACCAAUUUCAUAAAAAAA